AUGAAACCCCGUUCUACCGUCGUCGUAGACAAUGGCGCUGCCACCAUCAAGGCAGGUGUGCUCGGAGUACAUACUGACCCUAGGGUCGUUACCAACGCCAUCGUGCGUUCGAAGGGCGAUAAGAUGACAUACAUCGGCCAUGAAUUUGAGAAAUGCCGUGAUCACUCGUCAUUACAUUACCGUCUUCCUUUUGAGAAGGGCUUUCUCUUAGACUGGGAUGCCGAAAAGGCAGUCUGGGACGGCUUGUUCUCCGCCGAGUGCCUAGGGAUCAACACUACGGAGUCCUCGUUGCUCAUCACUGAACCUUACUUCAACCUUCCGAAUAUACAAAACGUCUACGAUCAAUUUGUAUUUGAAGAAUACGAAUUUCACUCGUAUUACCGCUGUACACCUGCCUCGCUCAUCCCACAUGGAGACCUGUUUGCAAGAGAGGGGUAUGGACCCCCGGAUUGCAUGCUCCUGGUAGACUCAGGCUUUAGUUUCACACACGUCGUUCCUAUCAUGAACGAUUCAAUCUUAUGGAAUGCGGUCGCGAGAAUUGAUGUUGGCGGAAAGCUUCUGACGAACCAUCUGAAGGAACUGGCCUCAUUCCGACAGUGGAACAUGAUGGAUGAAACUUACAUCAUCAAUGAUAUCAAGGAAACCUGCUGCUACAUCUCUACAAAUUACAAAGAAGACCUCGAAGUGUGCCGGCAAAAUCCCAGAUCUAAUGCCAUCGUGCAAGAGUAUGUCUUACCUGAUUUCUCGAUGAACCGCAUCGGGCAUGUACGGCAACCCGGCGAGGCGCUAGAGGACACAGCCCAGGUAAUGUAUAUGAACAAUGAAAGGUUUAGCGUUCCGGAAACAAUAUUCCGACCGGAUGACAUUGGUCUGGAGCAGUCUGGUAUUGCCCCUGCUGUCGCUAAUAGCAUCGCGCUCUUGCCGGAGGAUUUCCAAGGAAUGUUCUGGGCACACAUUGGUCUUGUCGGUGGGAAUACCAGAGUCCCUGGCUUUCGUGAGCGGCUAUUAUCUGAACUACGUGCACUGGCGCCGGUGGACUGCGAAGUGAUCAUCUACGCUUCAAAUGACCCUAUACUGGAGACUUACCGAUCCGCAACCGCUUUCGCGCAGAAGCCAGAGUUCCUUCAGGGCUGUGUGACCAGAGAGGAGUAUCUUGAAUUUGGGAGCAACGCCUGUCGCAGAAAGUUCAGAGACUCAAAGCGCGCGGACAAAGAGGCGACAAGGGGGCGAGAACAAGCGAAAGGAAGAGCUGCGACGAGAGCACGGGAAGACGAAGACGAAAGCGAAGGGGAGAGCCCUCCCGUCGCCAGGAAAGGCGGGAGGGGCAGAGGGCGGGGCCGGGGUACCAUGCCUCGACGGCAAGUGUGA